AGAUAUAAGAGAUUCAGAAUUCAGAAACACUUCUGCAACAAGAAAAAUGAACCUUUGCAGAGCCGGCAGGAGCUCUCUCAACGCCCUCAGAGCCUCCAAAUUGGUCUCUCCUCACAGACCCAUUUCGCCGCUGCUUCUCAGGCACUCUCAUGUCCUCCCACCGCCAUUCGCCGCCGCUGCCGUCCGACACCUCCGCACUGGGCGGGAGCCACCCGUCAGCUAUGAGAUUCAACCUCCAGUGAACUGGGGAGUUCGAAUAGUGCCUGAAAAGAAGGCAUAUAUAAUUGAGCGGUUUGGGAAGUAUGUGAAAACUCUUGAGUCUGGAAUUCACUUGCUGAUUCCUCUUGUGGAUCGGAUUGCAUAUGUGCAUUCACUCAAGGAAGAAGCAAUUCCAAUUCCGGACCAGUCUGCUAUUACCAAGGACAACGUCAGCAUAUUGAUUGAUGGUGUGCUUUAUGUGAAGAUUGUGGAUCCUAAAUUGGCCUCCUAUGGUGUGGAGAAUCCUAUUUAUGCGGUUAUUCAGCUUGCACAGACAACAAUGCGUAGUGAGCUUGGGAAGAUUACUCUCGACAAGACAUUUGAGGAACGGGACACACUCAAUGAAAAGAUAGUGUUGGCCAUCAAUGAGGCUGCUAAAGAUUGGGGCUUGAAGUGUCUCCGUUAUGAAAUAAGGGAUAUAUCUCCUCCUCGUGGAGUGAGGGCAGCUAUGGAGAUGCAAGCAGAAGCAGAACGUAAAAAGAGAGCUCAAAUUCUUGAAUCAGAGGGAGAAAGGCAGGCAAACAUUAACAUUGCAGAUGGGAAUAAAAGCUCCGUGAUAUUAGAAUCUGAAGCUGCAAAGAUGGACCAGGUUAACAGAGCUCAAGGAGAAGCGGAAGCCAUUCUUGCUAGAUCACAAGCAACAGCAAGAGGAAUUGAAAUGGUGUCGCGGGCCCUUAAAGAAAGUGGGGGUGUAGAGGCAGCAAGUUUAAGAAUAGCUGAGCAAUAUAUCCAGGCUUUCAGUAUGAUUGCCAAGGAGGGCACAACCAUGUUGCUUCCUAGCACUGCCUCCAAUCCUGCCAACAUGAUAGGUCAAGCUCUCACCAUUUACAAAAGCUUGGUUGGAAACGUCAAUGGUGAUGCCCUUUCCAAGGACUCCCACCCAGGUUCCCUUGGAAAUAUCAAGGGCGACACCUCAUCUGGAGAAACUGGAGCUAGGAGCCCUGCAACUCCAAGAGGGUCUGAUGCAGCUCCCCAGACUAGAGAAAAGGCCGACACAGCUCGCUUUGGUGGACCAGAAUUUUCACUUCAGAGCUCCAGGAAGGUAGAAUAAAUGGACUCCUCACAACUUACCCACCAAGGGAAAGCAGGUAGACUCACCACUUGGUUUUCUUCCUUAGAGACAGGAAAUCGAAAUAGGAACCAUGAUUUUGAGAAUAUCAUGCUCUUAUUCUUUUGGAAUUGGAAUUUUGGGCUUGUCCAUGUCUGGGCAAACAGGAUGUUUUUCAUGGAAAAAGAUUUGCAGAGGAAUGGAAAAUUUUUUUAGCCAUGCUGUUGUGUUUUCCCACUCUGGGAAAAAUUGGUGGUGUUUUCCCAGUUGAAUAAAGGUACAUUUACUUCAUUUAA